UACGGCCAUGUCUGGGUAUUGAGCGUGAAGCUGUCGAGCGGAACACGAACAGAGCCGUCCAGAAAAUGAAGACGUGCCUCGUUAUAUUUUGCGCGCUCUCUCUUGCUGUUGGAAAUCCGAACUCAGGUGGAACGGGUGGACUCCCAAAGCAGAUAACAUUUCAAGUUUUCGUCGCCUGUGACGACAUCUUCCAGGCUGAAUUCAGUAACCAAACCUUAAGGAGGCGGUAUAUCGCUGUGUUCUUCAAUGCGAUCAAUCUCAUUUUUGCACGCAUCACCAAUCCGAGGAUCAGGUUCGAGGUUGCCAGGUUGUACAAUAAGGAGAAUGGAUUUACACCUGCGCUUACUUUGGUUGACGACAAGGUGGACGCCCAUGCAAGUCUCCAUUCGAUCGUAAAAUUCAUCAGUACACGACCGCAGUUUAAUUCGUCAGACAUCGUGUUUGUCUUUUGCGGACACCGCUAUCCUAAGGCGCAUAUCAGCUUUGAAGCCGAGGUUGUACAGACGCGCAUGGGGCUUCACUUCGCGGAAUACAACACCGGCACAUGA